AAGAGAUGCAAGCUGAGUAUCUAAUAACAGAUUUUUACGUAGCGUUUACCUACAUACAUUUCAGACGUUUUAUUCGUCACAGAGCACGCAUUCGCUGUAGCCAUAGUCGCAGACGAAUCACGCGAGAGCUCAUGCCUCUUUUCGUCAUAUCGUAGUCGUAGACGGGGAGAACAGCGAAAGAUGUAAACCACCUAUGACGGAAAUCAAGAACGAGCAAGACGAGGCGAUACGGAAGGAGAUAAAACAGAAGGAAAAAUCGGGGAACAGGGUGCCGGUACAGCAAUUCCUUAAUCCGGCUGGAAUAGAAAGGAACGUAACGAAGAAAUCAGCGGCGACGACAUCGACGAAAGCUAAAUUUGGGAAACAGGGAGGAUCCUCCAGCAACCAACGACUGGGAUCAAGGUUAAACGAACCGGUGGAGGGAAACGAAGACAAGUUUUUAGACGCUGACACGAAUAACGAGAUGAUGCUAAAUCCGGCAAAGUAUAUUCUCAAAGUGGAUACAAAUUCGGAUCCCGGGGCAAUCGACGACUUCUGCGAUGAUAUCCAAUAUCUGGAUGAAAAAAAAGAAAUAGCGCCUGACAACGUGGAACCACUGUACGAAGAGUUAAAAAAAAUAUACGACUGGAACGAGGACGAGACAAAAGUAAAACCUCGAAUAAAGGGAGAUCAGAGGACGUAUCAGGAAUCUUACGACAAAGUAGAUCCCAUCGAUAGAGUAGCGGGCGAACCGUUUAAAGAUCAAGUCGAGCCUCCGCAAGUUCACGAUGAUUCAACUAAAACAUUCGUUUCCAGCCCCAACUUAUCGCCUCUUUUGCUCGUUUACACUGGAUCAGGGAAAUCCGAAAUUGGCGAAAGAACGUACCCAGUCGUAUCAUCUGGCCGGCACGAAAGCCACGCCGCGAACGUUUCCCGCAGUAAUUAUUUUGCUCUUAAAAGCACAGACGAUAUGUUUAAAGGCGGGUCGGAGCAAAGUAACAGCACCGGGGAAAAAUUACGAGGACCUAGCGCUAUCGGAACGACCGGUGAAUGGCAAACACAAAAGGUGAGCGGAGUGAGAAACGGCGGGGCCAAAGGGAAAGAUGCCGUGAGCUGGUCAUUAACGGGCCAGAAGCAAUAUAUUGACACAGAUUCGCGUUCUCCUUACGAGAACCGUAAAUAUCUGGAAUCACAGGUUCCACGUGGAUGGGAACACGUCCAAAAUAUAGAUCGCGUGAAACAGACGAUCGUUAGCUCUAAGGACCUGCAUGAAUCUUUUGUCGAGCCCCUGGAAUGGAUCGACGAUUUCGACAAAGACAUAAGGGUCAGACUCAGCAGAAGCUUGAAAACCGUCGAUUCGAACACGCUUGCAUAUAUUGAAUCUAGUACAACGAAAUAUGAAAAGAGUCCGGUUAAUGGUUUCAUCGAUAGGGCUCCGAUUGAAAAUGGAACGACGUUAAAGACUGAAGAUUCCACCAAGGUUGCCCUCGUUAGCCAUCCGCCUUUAGAUAUUCAACAAUUAUUUCAAGAUGAUAGAAGAACGAAAAGGGAAGUUGGCACUCUUUAUGAUACGUAUGACGAUGACGAGGAUCGACGUAAUCGCGAUUCCGAGAGAAUGGACGACUAUGAUCUGUAUUCGAGCGACAAAGAAAAGACGAGCGACAAUUUUCAGCUAUUAAACGCGUACGAUGACACAGAUGAUGAGAAUCAGGAGCUAUUUAACUCGAAGGAUGUCGAAGAGUAUGACUAUCUGGACUAUGACGAGGACGAUUACGGCGGCAUUGUUAGAAACGCAGAUUCAAAAAGAAAAGAACAUGCCGUUAAGAAGAAGAGUUAUGGGAAAGCGUUAAAAAAAGGAAAAAGGAAGAUCAUGCCGCUAAGUCGGAUAAGAAUCGCAGAGAACGAAGACAUCGCAAGAACAAAAAGAUGACAACAAGAAAACGUGGUAAAAAACAUAAAAAAGGUACGUCGAAGAAUGGAAACCGUCAUACUAACAUUAAAAAGAGCAAAGUUACACAGGA